CAUUCCACCACCACGUCAAUGGUGCUUAUUAGCACAUCUGCUACCGGCGCCCAUAAUCUUGGUUUCUUCUGUUAAUGGCUGGAGCUUUCAGCGGUCACAUCUUGAAUUCAUACAAUACAACAAUGCAACAGCCAACACCAGCAUUUGGUCAGCCUCAGUCGAGGAUUGUUACCAGCGGCGCGAUGUCGUUCGAUGCGUCGAUGCAUGGCAGCUUUAGACCAACCAAUCCCUUUUAUAAUUACCCAUUCUCUAUGGAUAUCUCCGAAGAUACGGCCAUCAAGAUCGCUACGCUUCAGGCUAAACUAAACAAGAAGCUUGGGCCGGAGUACAUCUCACAGAGGCCUGGUCCUGGAGGUGGACCUAAGCUCACGUAUGCCGAAGGGUGGAAAAUUAUCAACAUUGCAAACGAGGUGUUUGGGUUCAAUGGAUGGAGCUCCCAAAUUGUCAAUAUGACCACCGACUACAUGGACUACAAUGAGGAGUCCAAGAGAUGUAACGUCGGUGUUUCUUGCAUUGUUCGUGUCACCCUUAGCUGCGGUGUGUUUCAUGAAGAUGUUGGAUAUGGGACGGCAGAGAAUGCGAAGGGCAAAGCUCAGGCUAUCGACAAGAGUAAGAAGGAAGCUGUGACUGAUGCAGUGAAGCGAGCGCUUCGUAACUUCGGAUCACUCCUUGGAAAUUGUUUAUACGACAAGUCAUAUACCCAAGAGAUCACGAAGAUUAAAGUUCCACCCGCAAAAUUUGACAAGUCCGAGCUAUAUCGCCGUCCAGAGUUCGAUGACACAAAACCUAACAUCUCAGGCAAUGCUUCAAAGGUUGCACCUGCUUCAGUACAGACGGCACAUCAGACGCAUGUGACUGCUCCAGAUGUGAAAGUAGACACGGUUGUGGUGAAGUCUGAGCCGGUUCUAGGAGCCGGGGCCUCCAUCACAUAUGUUCCCCGACACAUACGACAGGAGAUGACUGCUGGUGCAAAUGGUGCCACAAGCACUACCCCAGGCCGUAAUGACCAAGCACCAGGGAACGGUCGCAGUACUACCAAUGGCCUGAACACUCCUAUCCAUACGCCAGCCCAACGAGCAGGAAAUGCGAAUCGUGGACAGUAUAGGCAAACCGCCCCGUCACCACUUGCUCAGCCUGAACAACGACGCGUGUCAUUUGCAGAACCGGCUGCAGAACCGCCGCCAGCGGACGAGGCUGAAAUACCGGCGGUUGAUGAGACGUCAUACAGUAUUGACUCAGAUGAUGACGAAUUCUAUGCCAAUGUUGAUCUCGGGGAUGGUGACUUGGGGAGACCAAUCGACUUCGAAGAGGGCAUGGGUGGAGUGAGUGUCUCGGACGUGACUUUCGACCAGGGCGAGGCCGCACCAUCAGGGAAUCCUCGAGAAUCCUCGAAGGAUCCCCAGGGAAACUCGGUGCAUGGCCAGGAAAUCUCUAGUUCUGGAAGAGACAAGUCAACUACUCUAGGAGGUUCUCACUCGAACGCACUACGCCCACAAGCUGGUCCAUCAACUUCAAAUGGAGUACGUCAUGGACUCAACGAUGCAGCAAGUGUACCUGCAGCGCCUCCGAAAACACGCGAAUCAAGCUCCAGCGUAUCUGUUUCUUCUUCGGAAGCUAGGCGUGCCGCUCCAUCUAUGGGAGGGUUCCAUUUCCCCCCGGGCAUGAACCUGGCUGCACAGCAACCAAAACCAAUGGGGCCUCCUCAACCUUCAAACUGGACAACGGGUUCCGCUUCCAAUUCGUCUAACAGUUCGGCCCUGAAACGUAAAGCCGACACCAUCCAAACCUCUUCAUCAUCAUUCAGACCCCUGCAAGGUCUUGGCCUCGCUCAGCAACAACAAUCAGCCGCUGGAAUCCCCAACGGAACUCGAAGACCUCUGGCAAACCUUGAUUUUAGCGCCAGCGGUGAUAUGAAACGAGCAAAACGCUAGUGUUCGCCGCCUAGUCCUGGAAGGAGUUUUUUCCUCAUGUCCCCCCUUGUUUUAAGCAUGCCUUUACAGUGUUUUAUUCUAUGUCGUCCAGCAUUUCGUCCAGCAUUUGUACACCUCCUCUGCAAUUUGUUUCCGCUUCUUUGUAUCAUUUUCAUCGCAAUCACAUAUGCAUCCUAAUACAAUGUUUUUUCUAU